AUGGGGUUCGUCGUCAUGUCCGACAGCAAGAGCGUCGAGCGCAUCCUGCAGGCCGGCGGGCAGCAGGUGGUGGCCGGGAAGUGCAUCCGCGUGGAGAUGCCCGCCCCGAGCACGACCGUCAGCACCUCCGUGGGCUCCACGUCCAUCAGCGGCCCCUCCUCCUCGAACCAGUCGAGGUCGGACACGAGCUCCUCCCACGGCUCGCACGCGGUGUCGCAGGGGUCCUGCCCGAAGUCCGACUCGAGGUCUGGUGACUCUGGCAGCUCGGACUCCAAGGGCGGCCCAGAGAAGUACUCCAACUGCUCCGAGAAGGACGACGGCUCGAGGUCCAACGACUCGGAGACGGGGUCCGGCUCCAACGGCGGCACAGGAGCCGGCGCCGCGGAGCGCCGGCUCCGGCUCGGGGCCCGCCGACCGGAGCUCCGCGGGGCAGGGGAGCGGCGGCGAGGAGGCGGCGUGCGCGUGAGGGCGGCCGCCGCGGCCUUGCGUAUAUGCGUCCACGAGUGUGGAGCUGAGCGGCCGGUUAAGGGCGGUGCCAGCCCCUGGACUCGCAUAUGGUUUUGUGCAAGCUAA